CAAUUCGGCCCCCAGAACCGCUGACCACUGAAUCCAUCCAUCAGCAGCACAAUAUUUCAGCCCUGUACCUAUCCUCCACAAGAAAACAAGAAACAAGCCGAGAGCUCUUGGCUUCUGCUACGUCGUUCACUUCCUUCCGCUCCUUAUUUCGGGUUUAUACCCGCAUCCUCUCCCUCCUCUUCUUGUCUCCCCUCUUUUGCCUUAUCAUAUCGUCUUAAUGACAACGAAGCCACCACUAUUCAAGACAAGACCACUUUAGGGCACAUUUGCUGUCGUGUCUCACGUUGGCGUCUAUUUUUGUCGCUUUCUGUUUCCGAUUGUUUCGUCUUCUUCCGCGGGCGCCGAGUUGACACUACUGCCGAAACUCUAUCUUCCUCUCCAAGGCGACGUCGAGCAGAUCCUCAACAUUUACCACGACAUCUACGACGAUCAUACGAAUAUAUACUAUACACAUUUACGGACAUGAGCUCUUCCAUAGAUCCUCAUCCCAAUGGGAAUGGUCACGCGGGUGAUCAUGACCACGUUAUACGCCCUCGACCGCGCAAACCGAAACAUUCACAGGUCUCAGAGGUUCUUCGCAUGUCAACAGCAGAAGAUAGCGAGGGACACCUCAUGCCCGAUAACAUGAGCACAGGAACUGCCAGUGGGUUGACUAGUGGUCGUUCCACGCCCGUCCCGGAGAAUGCGCCUCCAUCCGUUAAAGUCCUCUCGACAGUUCGAAAGCAAACCCGUGCAGAGCAACGUCGCCGUAUAUUUCCAACGAUCGAGUUCGCCUCGCGUGUUAGUCAUUUCGACCCCGAAAGCGAUUACCGAGACUUCCAUGGCUUCUUCAACCUCUUCUGGAUUGGCCUUGCCAUCAUGGGCAUCACCUCAAUGCUACGCAACCUCAAAGAUACUGGGUUUCCUCUAAGAGUGCAAAUAUGGGGUCUCUUCACAGUAAAGCUCUGGCAUCUUGCCAUUGCCGAUUUCCUUAUGGUCGCAACGACAGCUGUUAGUCUGCCAUUGAACCGUGCAGCUCGAAGUGCAAAGCCCGGUAGCUUUCUGUCGUGGGAUAAGGGUGGAAUAGCUAUUCAGAGCAUCUACCAAGUUGCUUGGCUUUCGCUUUGGAUUGUUGUGCCCUUUCACUUCGAAUGGACCUGGACGUCGCAGGUGUUCUUUCUCUUGCAUACCAUGGUACUACUAAUGAAAAUGCACUCGUACGCUUUCUACAACGGGCACUUGUCGCAGACGGAGAAGCGACUGUACGCUCUCGACAACCCCUUCUUGCCUCACGAUCGACGACCAGCCUACCAAUAUCCAUCCACCGACAGUGUCGCUAACGGCGAGGCUACUAUUUCUGGUAGCAAGAAGCGUCGUCGAAACCGUAGCAAGAAACGACAGCAAGCCAAGCGCAGCAACAGCGAUGGAAACAAGAGCAACGAGGAGGUGGAUGCUGUUAACAACAACCUUUUGGUACCCAGUCCUGUCGCGAGCGGCAACAAUAGUGCCGACGAAGUCGAUGAGUUGCGAGAAGAUCUUGCCCGUGAGCUUACGAGUCCCAUUGGCAACGUCACAUAUCCGGCCAACCUCACCUGGUCCAAUUACAUGGACUACCUCCUCUGUCCAACGCUCUGCUACGAGAUCGAAUACCCUCGAACGUCCCGCAUCAACUGGAUUAAUCUGAUUUCCAAGAUCAUCGCCACUUUUGGUUGCAUCUUUCUCUUAACAAUCAUAUCAGAAGACUUCAUUCUUCCAGUUCUUAUAGAUGCCUCAGAGCGCCUCGAUGCCGUUCCAGCAGUCUCAUCGCUUUCGGAGAAGUCGCUCAUCCUAGCCGAGACCAUCUCAUGGCUUCUCUUCCCUUUCAUGCUCACGUUCCUCCUCGUUUUCCUCGUCAUCUUCGAAUACGUCCUUGGUGCAUUCGCGGAAAUCACUUGCUUCGCCGAUAGACAUUUCUACUCUGACUGGUGGAACUCAACCGACUGGAUGGAGUUCUCGCGCGAGUGGAACAUCCCCGUGUAUAGCUUCCUUCGACGCCACGUCUACAGUGCCUCUCGACCUCGCAUUGGCAGAGGAGCUGCCACGGCGUUGACGUUCCUCAUUUCUGCUAUUGGCCAUGAGAUCGUCAUGGCGUGUAUCACCAAGAAGCUUCGUGGUUACGGCUUCGUGUGUCAGAUGCUUCAACUACCCAUCGUGAUGCUCCAACGUACGCGAUGGGUCCGUGGUAAGAAGACCUUGAACAAUGUCUGUUUCUGGGCAUCGAUGGUUCUCGGUCUCAGCAUGAUCUGCGCUCUCUACGUUCUCGUGUAGUCAAACCAAGCUCUAGAAGAGUAUGCUGGCCAUACUGAGCGCUUGUCGCAUCCGACAUCUGUACAACACCAACCUAGAUAGGUACAUAUCCCAUCUCAGUUCCGUCUUGCGAUCCUGUACAUAUAUGGGCUUUUAGAAUUGGAAACGGGAAACGGACUAGGUACAAGAAGGAAUGGACUGCUUCUAUAUCCCACAAAGAUAGAUUAUAUACCCCCAUAGUAAAUUUGAUUGAGUCAUUGCUUCGAGUCGUAACAUGUCUUCGGG